AUGUCCAAGGAAGACUCAGAACUCGAAAUCGGUACCAAGAAAACGAUAGAAGCGCGCGGGAUCCGGAUUGGGCGUUAUAUUGGUAGCGGCUCAUAUUCAAAGGUAUACUGCGCCGUCAACCCGGAAAAGAUGGAGAUUGCGCUGAAAGUGAUUGAGAUGAAGGCAAAGAGCGAUUAUAUCCAAAGAUUCUUGCCGCGUGAAGUUGAGAUUGUUCGCCGCCUCAACCACCCAAACAUUGCAAGAAUUUACAAGGUGUACUUCCUCGAGGGCCCAAAAGUUACGGUGUUUGAAGGCGAAUUCUGCGCAAAUGGCGAUCUCCUCGACCGGAUUAAGCGAAACAAGCAGCUCACCGAAGUCGAGGCAAGGCCCUUUUUCCGUCAGCUGAUUGAGGCGAUGAAGUACCUUGAAGCGCACGACAUCGUCCACCGCGACCUCAAAUGCGAAAACGUCUUCCUCGACCGGUUCGACAACGUGAAGCUCGGCGAUUUUGGCUUUUCACGCGUGCUGAAAAAGGGAGAGAAAUCCGACACCUUUUGCGGGUCAAAGAUCUACGUAGCGCCCGAGAUUCUGCGAGGACAAAAGUAUGGCGGGAAUGCGGUGGACAUCUGGAGCAUGGGUAUCGUGCUGUACAUUAUGGUGACCGGUGUGAUGCCGUACGAUGAGGGGAACCUGCAGAAGAUGGUCGAGCGCCAGAUGACGCACAUGGUUCGUUAUCCGAGUGCUCCGCGUCUCUCAUCGGCCGUCCGUCAGCUGAUCCUCGGCAUUCUGCAUCCCGAUCCGGGCAAUCGACUCGAUUACAACGAGAUGAUCACGAGUGAAUGGCUGAAAGAGACGCCGUAUAAGAUGUCGAAUGAGAAGACCGGAAAUAAUGGCACGCCCGCCGUCCAAUUCGUCCAGCCAAAAUUCCGCAUGCUCAAAGACGCCCCGUUGUGC